UCCGAUAGAGGAUAGAGGCGUGUCCACGGGGGGGUGGGAAUGUUUUACGCAACUUACCUGUGGAAUAGAAUAAGCGUGGACGUGAGGCGGACAUAUAAACAUUCGCUGCUGAUUUUGCAGUCAAACACAACAAACUGGCCAUGGAGAGAAACGAUCGCAGGCGAAGGAGCCUGCAGGACUUCAGAAGGAGAGACUCGCUGCGAAUACCGGCUGGAAGUAUGUGGCAGGACCCCUUGGCUAUCGAGCUGAGCAGCGCGAGUAAGGGAAUCGUCUCGCCGCGAACGCGGACCAGGGCUCUGUCGGUGGUGUUCGUUGUUGUCGAAGACGCGUCGCUGCCGCAGACGGAGGAGAAUCUGUCACUAAAGUGCCUGAAAGAAGCGUGCGCCGACGUACGAGCCGUCUUCAAAACUAUCCCCUUCGAAAGGAUUGCUCUCGGGACGACGGAUAUUCUGGACAGCUUUUAUAACGCAGAUGUCGCCGUCGUGGAGAUGAGUGACUCCUUUUGCCAGCCCUCGUUGUUCUACCACCUCGGCGUCAGAGAGAGUUUCAGUAUGACCAACAACAUCAUUUUGUAUUGCAACAAACAGGACAACGACCUGCAAGCGCUGAAGGAGCAGUGCGGGAGCUACAGUUUCCUGCCCUACGUGGUGUCUCCUCAGGGGAAGGUGUUUGCGUGCGACGCGGGGAUGAUCACCAGCAUUAAGGAGCUGAUGAGGCCCAACUUCAAGCUGGAGCCCCUGCUCACGCCCCUGGUGGACCGGCUGGUCCGUCUGCUGGACAGCGUUCAGAUACACUCCAGCGAGUACUUCCGGGAGUCCAUCCGGCAGGAGAUCCGGACGGCCCGAGAGCGCUUCAGCGGGGCGGAUCUGAGCCGGGAGCUGGGCCGGAUCCAGAACCGGCUGGACACCGUGGAGCUUCUGAGUCCGGACAUCGUGAUGAACCUGCUGCUGUCGUACCGCGACAUCCAGGACUACGAGUCGGUCAUUAAACUGGUGGAGACCCUGACCAACCUGCCCGCCUGCCUGGUGGCCGCGCAGCAGAACAUCAAAUUCCACUACAUAUUCGCUCUCAACAGGAGAAAUCUCCCCGGCGACCGAGCCAAGGCGCUGUCCGUCAUCCUGCCCAUCGUGGAGUCGGGCGGGAGGGUGCCCUCCGACGUGUUCUGCCUCUGCGGCCGGAUCUACAAGGACAUGUUCCUCAGCUCCCGCUUCUCCGACACGGAGAGCCGGGACCUGGCCUGCUACUGGUAUGCGAAGGCGUUCGAGGGCGAGCCCACUCUGCACUCCGGCAUCAACACCGCCGUCCUGCUCAUGGCCGCAGGACACGAGUACGACAGCUCCAUCGAGCUGCGCAAGAUCGGCGUGACGUUGAGCAGUCUCCUCGGGAGGAGGGGGACCCUGGAGAAGAUGCAGGAUUACUGGGACGUGGGGCUCUUUCUGGGGGCCAACAUCCUGGCCAACGAGCACAAGAAGGUCAUCGAGGCGUCGGAGAAGCUCUACAAGCUCAAAGCUCCACUAUGGUUCGUGGGCUCCAUCAUGGAGACGUAUCUGAUCUACCGGCAGUUCGCCCGGCUGCCGGAGGUGAAGCGGCCCAAGCAGGAGGUUCUGGACUUCUGGAUGGAGCUGAUGCUGCAGACCUGCAAGCCCAGCUUGUGCACCGCCCGCUGCCCUGUUCUGAUCCUGGAGCCCACCAAGGUGUUCCAGCCCAGUCUGGUCAGCGUCAGUGAGGAGGACGACAGCAGAACCGUGCAGCUGAGCCACGUCACCAAGCACAAGAAAGGCCUGCACCAGUGGACCUUCCCGGCCGCAGCAAUUCGAGGAGUGAGCGUGUCGAAGUUUGACGGGAGAUGCUGCUUCCUGUACGUGCUGUACAACUCCGACGACUUCCAGCUCUACUUUCCCAGCGAGCUGCACUGCACUGGCUUCUGUGAGCUGGUGAACUCCCUGGUCCAGCAGAAGGAGCAGUUUGUGGAGGACCCCAGCCAUCUCUGUGGUGGGGUUAUGGAGUACGUGUACGAGACCAACGAGAGCGGGGACAAGGUGGUCCUGGGGAAGGGCACGUACGGAGUGGUGUACGCCGGCAGGGACCUCAGCAACCAAGUGCGCAUCGCCAUCAAGGAGAUCCCAGAGAAGGACUCCACGUAUUCACAGCCACUCCACGAGGAGAUCGCCCUCCAUAAGCGGCUCCAGCACAGGAACAUCGUGCAGUACCUGGGCUCCGUCAGCCAGGACGGCUUCAUCAAGAUCUUCAUGGAGGAGGUGCCUGGAGGUAGCCUGUCGUCUCUCCUGAGGUCUAAAUGGGGUCCCCUGAAGGACAACGAGGCCACCAUCAUCUUCUACACCAAGCAGAUCCUGGAGGGCCUGAGGUAUCUCCACGACAACCAGAUUGUUCACAGAGACAUCAAGGGCGACAACGUGCUGAUUAACACGUACAGCGGAGUCCUGAAAAUCUCAGACUUCGGAACGUCCAAGAGACUGGCCGGCAUCAACCCCUGCACCGAGACCUUCACAGGAACCCUGCAGUACAUGGCCCCCGAGAUCAUCGACCAGGGCCCGCGGGGGUAUGGGAAACCUGCAGACAUCUGGUCGCUGGGAUGCACCAUCGUGGAGAUGGCCACGGGGAAGACUCCCUUCCACGAGCUGGGCAGCCCACAGGCAGCCAUGUUUAAGGUGGGCAUGUUUAAGAUCCACCCCAAAGUGCCCGAGUGCAUGUCGGAGGGGGCCAAGGUCUUCAUCAUGGGCAGCUUCGAGCCCAACCCUGACAACCGAGCCACCGCCUCCGAACUCCUGAAAGACCCCUUCCUCAAGGCCAGCAGUCGCAGGAAGACCAAGGUGGCCACCGAGGUGCAGAAUGAUUUAUCUUUGGGGGACUACCAGAGGAGUCUGUCCGUACCCGUCGCCAUCACGGUGGAGGACACCAGCGAGGAAGAAGGCUCCGGAAUCGACCUCUUCUGCUCCCUGGACCUGCGGAGGAGCAACCCCGGCGUGCGGCUGUGUGACAUCGCAGAGAGCCCGCCCACCAACAGCUUCCUGUCGGUCCCUGACGACUCCAUGACGGAGAUGGGCAGCCCCGCCUCCACGGGGGAGAACAUGGGCCUCUUCCUCCUGAGGAAGGACAGCGAGAGGCGGGCCACCCUGCACAGGGUGCUCACCGAGUACAUCAACAUCGUGGUGUCCAACGUGCGAGAGACGCUGCCCCAGCAGCCGGACGGUCCCCGCCUCACCACCGAGCACAUCGUGGAGCUGAUUGGCUGCCUGGGCGAGAACAUCCGGUCCCCGGACAGGAAGCACCUGACCAACUGCCUCCUGAAGCUGAGGUCCGCCCUGCAGACGGCUGCAGUUCCCCUCAACAACCUGCAGACGGUGCUGUUCAGCUUCCAGGAUGCGGUGAAGAAGGUUUUGCGGCAGCAGCAGGUGAAGCCACACUGGAUGUUUGCGCUGGAUAAUCUCCUGAGGCAGGCCGUUCAGGACGCCAUCACUGUCCUGCUUCCUGAUCUCCAGCUCCAGCUGCAGUCCUCCUUCGAGACCGACGACCUGGAGACCAUUCCGGAGCCGCCGUCGGGAGCAGAGGAUUCUGGGAGCGUGGCCUCGCCCGUCGGGGGGCCACAGGAAGUGGAGGAGGAAGUGCUGACCCCCGUCGUGAGCACGGUCAGCUCCGGCAUCAUGAGCGACUUCCACCCCAGCGACUGCCUCGCUGCCGAGCAACUGCUCACCAUGCGCCUGGAGACCAGGAGACUGCUGGCCCAGCUGAGUGAGAAGGAGGUGGAGUAUCAGAAGCUGCUGAGGGAGUCAGUGUCUAAGAGACAGGAGGAGAUCUCCACUCUCAGGGUCACCAAAGCUUCAGAACCCAUCGACAUUCCGGGAGCUGCCUCUCACAGGGAGAAGAAGGAUCCGGAAAGCUUGGCGCUGGUGCGCUGGUUAGAGAACAUUCCGGUGGAUGAGGACACUGUAGACAGACUGGUCUCACACAGGUUCACCCUCCCUAAUCUGCUCUACCUGGCCUGUAGAGACGACCUCAAGUACUGCGGUGUCAGAGGCGGGAUGCUGUGCCGGAUCUGGGCGGCCAUCGCAGCUGCGCGGGAGGCCGUCAAAAACCCUGACCUCUGACCUCUGACCUCUGACCAGGUCACCACACCUGCACCAUGAGGGUGAAGCAGUUCUGGUGUCCUGAUCCAAUCACUGCUCAGGACAGGAGGGUCCUGAUCCAAUCACUGCUCAGGACAGGAGGGUCCUGAUCCAAUCACUGCUCAGGACAGGAGGGUCCUGAUCCAAUCACUGCUCAGGACAGGAGAGUCCUUAUCCAAUCACUGCUCAGGACAGGAGGGAGGCCAGGCUCUGGGUGUUACCAGCUCCCUGCUGACAGUGUUACGCCACAGUGACCUGCACUAAUUGCACUGUGUGUGUGUGUGUGUGUGUGUGUGUGUAUGUAUGUGUAUGUGCGCGCGCAUGCGAGUGUGUGUGCAAAAUCGUAAAGAAUUGUACAAAAGAACAAAUAUUUCUAAUGCAAAUAAGCUCAUUGUGGGCUGUUUUUCCCGAGAUUGCCGGUGCUGGGUUUCUCUCUCAUUAGGUGACUGUGAUAAGGCUGCAGCUCAUUCUUCUUCACAGACUCUGUUCUCUCUUAAAUUAUAUUUAUAUGUUCCGGCGUCAGGAGUUCUCCUCACACUACAGACAGAGUGAGAGGACUGGAGGAGAGCAGGCCACACACAUGGGGUGAAGACAGGGACUGUUGAGUAUUGAGGCAGAUGUGUCUGUAUAGUGCAAUAUUUUAUACAUUUCACUCUUCUUCUACAGCAGGGUUUUAUAAAGCUGGGGGACCUGGAGAAGAGGAUCAUGGUCAAUGUAGUGCAGAAAAAGUAUUUUCGUCUUAUGUUUAGAAUACAUUUGUGUAUAAUUGUGUUGUUAAAUAAGCCAAUAGGAUUGCCAAUAAGGUGAGACAGUUUCAAGAUUUGUUCCAGUGGGGAAAGAAAGUGACUUAAAACAAGCUAGUAUUUUCUGCCUUAGAGAAAAAGGGAAAUCUCGUUCCAUGACUAAAGGGCUUUUCAGGAGGUUUUGUGUCAUUUUCGUGUUCUCAAUUAAAUUCAGU